CACUCCGUGCAUGACGUCACCACACGAAACUCGCGCUGCACCGAAAACCCACUUUCAGAACACGGACAGACACACUACAAACAACACGUGAGGCCGGCCGGGUGCAGUGGCACGCGUGCAUGUGUGCAGUACACACAUGUACAUGUACACUGGGCACUGUAUCAUGAAGAAAUUAGUCUUUGAGGAAUUGCUGGCACACCUACGUGAUGACAUUGAUGGAGCAUGGAGGUAGAACCUCCAUGGAUGGAGAGGAAGUCAUUAAGAGAAGAUGAUGGAGCAAGGAGUGGCCAAUAAGUGGGCAGCAUUAGUGGAGAGCACAGAACCUGACUCUGACAAGUUUGGCCUCACAGAACAUGAUGAAGAUGAUUCUGAUGUUAGCCGUAGCACAGACAGUGAAGUUAAGACCAAGAGUCAGCGAUGGCAUCAGUAUUUUAUCUCCUUUUUGGAGGACUCAAGUGACAGCCACUCUGACAGUGAUGAGGAGCAAGAACAGUGGAUGGAGAAAACAGCAAAUUUGGGAAGGCCUCCUUGCCAGGUGAAUGCACUGCCAUGGCUGCCGAUAUGAUUGUUGAGGGUAGCUAGCGUCAUGGCGGACUGACCGAUGAUAUCUCCAAAGUGAAGAGGCAGGUUACAUCAU